CACCUUGGGAACUCAAUAUUGUUUACAGCGUCCGGCAGGUUCGGGAAAGAUCGGAUGUCACGAAUUCGUAUCAAGUACAGAGAGGCACAUUGUAAAGUCGUUUAAUUUGUAUUGCUUCAAGUGUGCUUUAUUGGCAAGCGUUGGUGUUUCGAGUUUUGAAUGCAAAUCAAAUCUGAUGUAAUCAUCUGGACUCGUUCAACCACUGCGGUUUCGAAAUACGUCGACGCAACAACUUUGCCAAGAUAAGGAGUAAGACGCCGGCUUUUUGGUCAUAAAUUAUUUUUAAAUUUUAUCAUUUGCCGUGGACUGUUGCGGUUUUAUGCAAAAAUAUCGACCUCUAUAAAUAUACCAUGAACAACAUUUCGGAUUAAUACACGCCACAGUGUUGUUGACAGAAGUGAGACGACUUUUGUUGUUUUAAUUUACCUUAGUUGUAGUGCGUGCCUUCGGCGACUUCUAGAUGACUGAGGUCCUCUCUGAUUCAAAGUAUUUAUCGCCAGAAGCGAUAUUCCAACGAACCUCCAGUGAACCCGAUAUAUUUGGUACGGCUAUAAGGCAAAGGACAUGCAGCAAUGCUUCACAGUUGCAAUACAAUAGAGCAAGGGAGCGAUCGAGGGCUUCGUUUACAAACGGAGAAAGAUCUCGUUCGCCAUCCCCAGUUGGUACUUCGAAUGGUAGUGAUUCUGAGGGUCAGAUGGUUGUCGAUGGAAGGUGAGGGGAAUAAGUAAGGAGUUGAGAAAGGAUUUUGUAGAGAUAGUUUGUAGCCUUUGAAAAUUCGAGUUUUUAGCUGAGCAGUGCUAAGCUUUAUGUGCUGUGUUAUGGUGUGAUGCUUAAGACAGGCAAGAGCACAACAUGCGGAAAUGUUUGUAUUUCUCUUUAAGAAGUUAAGCCGUUCAUUUUGAUCAUUCUAGUCGUUCCAGGUGUUUCUGGGAUUCUUUGUUAUGGACAAAAUAAAUUUUUUGCUUCAUAAGUGUGUUUUCAUUUUGAAGGUAAAAAUUGUCUGUUUUAAUAGUUUUCAGAUCACAUUGUUGUAAUUGUUACACAUGCUUAAUUGGUUUUGUCUUUGUCUGGGCGCAUCUGAGAGUCAUCCAAUAGGCUGAAUACAUUUCUAAACAUUCCAAAAGUAUCUUUUUUACUACAUUUGGUGUACAGUAUUGUGUCUAAUCCUGAAUUGAUUACUAGAUGGUGGAAGACCCUAGAGCUCUGACUUGCAUUUGUUAGGAGGGUGAUAAAUUUCUCAGUAUGACAUUUAGUGUUGUUUUCAAGAGGCCUCUCUCUUCACGUCUUUUUAAUGAGAUAAUGAGAAGAAAGAAAAAUGUCAACCAGAUAUAUUGAAGCUACAAGGAACCACAUGUUUCUCUUUAUAAAUCUAAGUCGUGCUUUAUAUUGACCAAAAUUGUAACACCUAAUAUGCAGAUUCCUCAACUUCUUGAAUCUGGGUCACCACUAACCUGUUUGAACAUGAGCAAAUACAGUGUAGUAAAGUGUACAGCACUUGUGGAAAUGAGUGAAAAGAUUGAUCCUUUGUUCACUGGUGAAAACAUUUUUAUCCCUUGUGAUAUCUUAAGAACUGUUUCUUUAACAGAUCAUUUUUAGGACACAAAAAUUUUAUUCUGGCUUCAUGUUAGCCUUGAGGGGAAUUACAGUGUACCCUGUACUAUUUUGUAACAGAUAUCUUGGGAGAAGACAAAACUAUUCUGGAUGUGAAAGUAUCAGCUGGGAAUGAGAAUGAAACCGUAAUAUUCUCUGAUUUCUGCAACAAUAAUCCUUACCAGCCAAGAUUUCCAAUAUGAGUUUAUUUUUUAAGCUCUGAGUUUAAACUAUUGACAAUGAACCAGUUUCAACAUAAUUUAUUUUCUAAGACAGUGAUUACUUUUUUUAUCUUACCUGAGGCUUGUUUGUUUGUCUUUAGUACACUGAAUGAAAGUUUCAACAGUGAAGACUUUACCUUCAGGGAUCGUGCACCAACAUCACCAAGUCGUGAAGAGGUGAAGGCACAGGCUUUUGAACGACUUCAAGAGGAGCUUAAGAAAGCUCAAGAGGUGAGGGCUUUUAAAUGUAGUACUCUGGGGAGAUAAUCCUUGGAGUCUGAAGAGUGAUCAUUGUGUGAAUUCUCUUAACUCAGUCCUGAAAAUAAGCAAUGAUAAUCAUGACAUUUAUCGACUUCAUAAGAUAUUAAUAGAGUCAAUUUUUUGGAUGCAAAGUGUACUGCUGAGUUUACAAGACUGGCCAUAGGAAAGAAUUCUCUUCCGUUCUUAGAAUUUACCUUUCACCUACGCAAUUGAAAGGAUCGAGAUAUUAUAAGAUUUGAAAGACUGUGGUUAAGCCUUCACCUGUAACUCCCAAGAUCUGAUUGUUAAUCCUCCCCUCUAGCUGCUAUACAUUUCCUUAUGAAUUAGGCACAAGAAGUUGGAUUUAGAUCAAGAUAACCUCUAGCUGAUAAGUUUGAGUAUUCUCAUAACUUGUUUGCUGAUUAAUGUAUGGAAAUUAUAGGGGGAAGUUACUUGUUAAUUAUGUUAAAGGUUGCAAUGUAAAUAAGAACUUAUUUUGAUCCAUUUUGUCUAUCAGUUCCAGUUAUGUUAGAGUGCUUGGGCACCAAAACCUGUACACUUGCAACUGUUUCAUUUGUUUAAGUGUAAUGAUAUAACUCUGAUGUUGUCUCAAUAAAGGAGCUUAAGCUUAAAGAUGAAGAAUGUGAAAAACUAUCAAGAGUCAGAAAUCAAUUGGAGUCAGAGUUAGAAGAACUGACAGCAAGUCUGUUUCAGGUUUGUUCUGAAUAUACAACUGUAUAUGUUCAUGUAGAUUGAAGAUAACUUAAGUGCCACUCAUUUUUAUUGGGAAUUCAAGUCAAAUUGCUAGUUCUAAAUUUGUCAUUAUAUUUGAAUGAACAAUGUCUUUUAAGUGAUUUAUUGCAUUAUUUCUUUAUUAAUCUAACAGGAGGCUCAUGCCAUGGUUCGUGCUGCAAAUGUUAAAAGGGCUGCAGCAGAAAAGAGAUUCAAGGAAGCAAAUAACAAGGUUGGUGGAAAACUAUUUGUAUUUUGUUGAUCCUCGGUAUUCCAUUUAUAAAUAAGUUUUUACAUGAUUAGGCAUGGCAAGGCUUGAUUUGAAAUAUUCUAGAUCAUUACAGAAGAUACUCCUAUGCACUCAGCUUCAACUGCUAAAUUGUGCAAGUUUAACCACCUGUAGGAAUCAUAAUACAGUCAGACCUGGAACAAGGAUGUAACUUUGUUGUCAAAAUCUGUCACUAAGUUAUAUUUUUCAGAUUUCAUUAGUGAGUAUGGAAACAGCAAUGAGAUUUUUAAAUGAAACAAACUUCAUCCCAUGCUGUUAUUUAUAGGUUGAAGUUCUUCAAGCAGAAGUGUCUGCUCUUAAACAGUUAGUGUUAACCUCCACAUCAUCACAAAGUCACUCUAGAGGAAUGGGCUGGCGACGACACAGCAGUGAGCACCUAAGCCCAUGUCCAGAUUGUAACUCAUAUGAUUGUGAUGCUGCAGUGACCAUGAGGUUAGAUGGAACAUGUUUGCGUGGGCCACAAAAUGGAAAUAAUUCCCCUUCAGAUGAAUCGGAGGUUGGUACAACAUUUUUUGUUUAUUCUCUUAUUUUUGCAUUGUAGUUUUAACCCUUUAACUCCCAAGAUCUCAUUAGUAAUUCUCCUUACUGUCUGCCAUACAGUUCUUAUGAUGUUAGUUUGGAGAAUUUGGUAUUGGAUCAACUUAUAAUCCCCUAAUUGAUAUUUUUCUUCAUUCUCAUCACUUGUCUGCUUGAUAUUGUACUGAUAUUGUGAGGAGAAAUUCUCUCUUGGUCACUCAUGGGAGUUAAAGGGUUAAGUACAGUUUUGGUGUAUUGGGGAAAAUUGAAGUAAUUGCAGUCAAAAAAUAUUGUGCUAAUUAUCAUGGAAAUUUUACCCCAUAUUCAUUAGUAAGGACUCUUCUCAAAGUAGGGUUCCCAGUGUCCUAGUGUUGCUGCCCUGUGGAUUGAAAUAUUUCAAAACCUACUUGUACCCUGAUUACUCUCCUUAUUUAGCCUUGGGACCAAAUUAAAGUGCUAAGACAACUAUUGAUUGUUUUUGUUCAACCUACAGCUAUUCUAUUUUGAAAAUUAUUCUCAACCUGGCUGUACUUCUAUUUGAAGCUCUUGAAUAUUCAAUCAAACAUGUAAAUUAUCUUUAGGUGGAUGUGAUCCUUUUCCGAGAAUUUCUACAAUGGAUGGAUGAACGUUCUGUUUCUCAUGAUCAGCCAUUUUUAGCCAGAAUAUAUAAAGAAGAUGUUGGGCCAUGUUUAGACUUUCCUAAUAAGGAGGUAUGUGGUCAUUACUGAGGUAAAGUAUACAUUGUAAACUUCUAAGUAAUUAGCAAAUGGGAAAAUUAAAUUUCUCUGCAUUAGCUUUUGGCUUUUUGUACUUGUGAUGAUUAUGGCAGCAUGGGAAGGGAAAGUGGUGCCUGUCACACACACAACCCACCCCCCCCCCCCCCCCCCCCCUUCAUGCCAUCCCUACCCUCCCUUUUACCUUCUUAAUCCCUGCUGUGUCCUCUUUGAAGAAUCACAGCUCCAUCAAUAUAAACAGGUUGUGUAGGGUGUGUUUCUUGGGUUAGUAACCUGUUGUCAGUGCAUGGCAGAAAUUGUGACCACAUCACAUUUUAUUCUUUCUGUGUUUUAGCUCGCAUUAGCUGUACAUAGUGCAAUUGAAAACAACACUUUAAUGAUGGAGACAUUUAGUGGCAAACCAGUGUUCAGGUAUGUGUGAUUGCAGUGUGUCAUUUUAAGUCCAUGUUUUGUGUCCUUUCCUUUGUCCUUUUUUGUACAAAUAUUUCAAUAUUUUAUUGUGCACCCGGAAUUCAGGACAAUGUUGGAACACAUCAUUUCUAAUGCUAACCUUUGUAUGAGAUCAAUUUUACUCAAUUAUUGUGUGGCUUAACCCUUAAACCCCUAAGCGUGACUAGCAUGUAAUUUCUCACUACAAUAUCACCCCACAUCAAAUAUCGUGGUCACAAGAAUAAAGGAAAUGAUCAACUACUAAAGAAAGAAGUUCCUAACUGUAUUCAACAAAUUCUCCUUGUUAGCAACCUAGGAAAUGUAUAGAGAACGGUUUGGAGAAUAUGACUUCUGAUAUUUAUGUAAGGGUGUAAAGGGUUAAUACAACGUGAAGGUAUAUUACUUUCAUCUUACUCUAUAGCUGAUAAAUAAACUUGGUUUUUUUGGAUUAUCUUCUGAUAGCAUCAGAACGAAUGACGAAGGGCAUAGGAACUCUUAACGGUGGCCAAUUUACAUUAUCAGCACAGUUGAUAAAACCAAAUUAUCUUGUUAUAUUCUCCUACCGACGCAGCACCAUAGUUUCGUGAGAAACUUACCUCCUUUCUUUAUAUAUCUCAAAUGACUUACUCUAGACUUUUCCUCAAAUCUACUCCACCUUUUCUUUGUUCUGUAGGAAGUGUGCGCUCACAGGAACGUCUCGAUUUUGUCUUCACCGUGUGAAGUUAUCAGAAAAAGGUGAAUGGUAUAACCUCAGUCGCAACAGUAGAGUCAGGGUGAGUGGUAAUCGUGUGAAUGCAAAAGCAGUUUUAGUGAAGGUAUAAAUUUUCACGGGGAAACUGAAAACAACAAAUUACAGUGCGUGUAAAUUGUAUGUAGGCUCACUGGAAUGAGGCUAAGAGUGGUCUAAAUGUUUCACAUGUUUAUCCAAGUCUGCAGUCAUGGACUUAAAGGAAUCUGAAGUUUGUGUUCUCUAUAUUUUGAGUUCUUUUUAACUGUCCAAGUGUGUUCUGUGGUUCUUUUCUCUUUCAUCUCCACCAGCCUUAAGUGGCAUAUGUGGUAACACCUAACUUUUGGCGACGUCCUUAGGAAAGUGAGCUUGAUCGCGGGCCCUCAUUGAUAAUUUAAAAGCGUUUAUCAUAGCCUUGAACGGCUUCAAUACUUUACCAGCCGCUUGCUGAUUCAAGACCAUUUACGUCUCCUAACUUAUAUUCUUCUCGUGUUAGAUUGUAGCGGUGUGCGAUUUUUACACUUAUGUGCGUUACAUCCAGCAAGGACUUGUGAAGGCAGACGGUAGGUGUGAAUAUAGUUUACCUAAUAGCUGUAGCUUUCAGAGCAAAUGGGAAAUACCUCUAAGUACCUCUUUUGGUUGGCUUGCCUCUGCGUUUGAAAGAAAUAGACAACGAAAUGACAACAGCAACAUUAACCAAGACAGCAAAUCAUAGGGGAAAAACAAUAAAAUGGCAAGUGUUUGUUAUAUGGAAGAGGAGAAACUUCAGUGAUGAAAGAAAAAAAAAAAUAAAACGAGAUGCAUAUAAUCAAGUGCCACUGAAAUGUUAGAUCAUUGCCUUCCUUUAAAGUGAAAAAAAUUCCUUAUAGCAGACUUAGAUUUACCCGCAGCAUUGCCAAUAAAUCCGGACCGUUGGGGGUCAAAUGUAUCCCUUCUUGGGUAUAUUGCGAAAAUUUCUAAUAUGUGAAACUUUCAUCAUAAGAACAGGUUAUGUUUGCAGUUUGUCUCAAAACGAGAAAAUGCGAAAAUAUGAUAUCAUUCAAAACUGCAUAUUCUUUUAUCGUUGUUGCGACUUUCUUUAACUGUCUAACUGUUUGUUUUUGAUUAUUUAUUCAUUAGUAACGGAGAUAUACUGGGAGGUAAUGAGAUUGAGGAGUGAGAUGGCACUCGCGCGGUUAGGAAUGGAGGGCGCAGUCAAGGUUCAAAGAGGCAGCGGUCACUCGUAGCAACGCAUGCUCUCUGAUUGCAAUAACAUUUAGGAUCCGUAAGUUUUGUCAGGGCUUAGAACAAGGCAAACUUCUAUUUUUGUAUGAAAUUGACUUUGAAUACUGCUAUUGAGAGUUGCUUUUAAGAAUGAAUAUGGAAAUUUUUAUCAAUGGUUCUGUGAGAAUGGUUUUCGAAAGAUUUAAUAGAAUUUGUAAGACUUCAAUGUUUCAACUAUUGAAAUUCUUAAAGUAUUUAUGCUUGCAUUUUGUGUUAAUGUAAUUGAAUACGUCAUUUAAGGAGUUACAACGUGAGCAAAAUUCGUGUUGGGAUUUUUAUUCAUUUAAGCAAAGUUAUUAGAAUUUUAAAAUAUUUUUAAGUGUAGAAGAAGUUUUUUUUUUCGCCAAAUGACUGUGUUCGCUUUGGGAUAUUUCAUUUAGAAUCAAGUUAUUUAAACGUAUUCAUGUAGAAUCAGCGUGUAUUAUUAUUCUAGAGCGCUGUUAUUACAUAUAACUCCAUCACUGACAGAGAUUGUUGGACAAGAAUUCUAAGGAACUUGAAAAGUAGGUUCUCAUGAUGGAGAGGCUUUUUCUAGAGUUGUUGUGCGAUUUUAAUUGGUGAUGAUCCAUUUGAGGUCAGGAAGUGAAUGUAUAUAAAUGACUCAACAAACAAUAUUCUUAAAAUAGUUUUUAUCAGUAGUUUCUAUUUUUCUAUGAGAGGCUCUUUCUCAUUUGUAUAGAAUUAAAUAGACUUUUAAUGAUCUAACAAAACGAAAUAAACAUUUAAGCCUGAGGUCAUAGUCAAUGUACCUGUUUAAGUAUGUCUAAGUGUCUAAUAAGUAAUCCG